UGCUCCUCUUACUAUUUUAUCACGGUAAAAUGUAAAUUGUUAAAAAAGGAGACAUUUUGCUGUUGUAAAGGCGAACGUAUCUCAUUUUUUUAUAUCUAAAACUAUAUAAUUGGAAUGUUUUUAUGAAUUGUGUCGUCGACGCUUCGUGUAAUGGACGCUGACUGUAAACACGAUGCAGUCUAAGUUGACUCGUUCUGCUGAAAGCUAUAUUUGUUUUAUUUUUUUCGGUUUGACAGGAGUAGUUUUAAGGACAGUAUCAUGUAAAACUCCCCGUACCUCACAGUAAAACAUGGACGUGGUUGUCUCGGAUAAUGACCUGUCCAGCUCCGAAGGGGACUACGAACCCAGAGGUGAGACCCGGGAAGCGGCGGACGGUGAAGAAGCGGGGAGGAUGAUGGACGACGUGGGUUCCGCCGCCGCUGCCGCCGUCGGCUUCGGCAUAAGCGGUAUCGGGGAGGGCAAAAUGGUUCUGGGUCGAGUCGGGCAGAGGGACGACAAAGAACUCAGGUACCUGCACUUGUUGUGGGAGCCGGGACGAGGUGACGACGACUCGGGUAGUGUGGCGAGUAAGCUGGGGAAGAUAACGGGGAGUCGAGCCAGAAGACACCACCGAGCCGUCCGGAACCUGGGUCCUAUUGGUAAAGAUAUCUACGCUGUCAGAAGACUGAGGGAAGCAGCCAACAGCAAUGAUAUCGACACAGUGCGAACGCUGCUGGAAGAUGACAUAGACCCCUGUGCAGCAGAUGACAAGGGAAGGACAGCUCUUCAUUUCUCCUCCUGCAAUGGAAACGACAACAUUGUGCAGUUACUGUUGAGCUACGGUGCUGACCCCAACCAGCGAGACAGCCUGGGGAACACCCCCCUGCAUCUGGCGGCCUGUACCAACCAUGUGCCUGUAAUCACCACACUGCUGAGAGGAGGAGCACGUGUGGAUGCCCUGGAUCGAGCAGGCAGGACCCCGCUUCAUCUUGCUCGUUCCAAACUGAACAUUUUGCAAGACGGAGAAUCACGCAGCUUAGAGACCCUGAGAGGGGAAGUCUUACAGAUUAUUCAGAUGCUUCGAGAAUACCUGAACUUAAUGGGUCAGAGCGAAGCUAAAGAGAGGCUGGAGCACAUUUCAACACAACUACAGCACACACGCACCAGAGAGCAGGUGGAUGAGGUGACUGAUUUACUCGCCAGUUUUACGUCACUAAGUCUGCAGAAACAGAAUUUGGGUGAUAGGUAAAAAUGAACUGUAUAUAGAAAUGAAGUCCUGAUUUAUUAUUAUUUUUAAGUGUACAACCUGAAACAUUAGGAUGGGAAAGUCUGCUCCAGACUCAGUGAUUAGAUAAAGCAUGGCUCUGUUGGACAACUGCACGCCUUAUUUUAACUGAGAUAAGAGAGCUUUUACCACCCGUGGCAAAUCAGGACAGUGGGACCCUGACUCUUAAUGUGUGUGUGUAAGAGUGUGAUUAAAAGUGUGUAUCUGUGUGCUUUCUCAUUUUCUUUUUGCCUUUGAUUAUUAAAUAAACUGUGAUAAUUAUAAAGCAAAUUAUUUGAAAGUUCUUACUGCAUUAUUUUGUUCCAUCAAGUGUCUUUUAAUAUGUUGCCACCCUUUUCUAUGUUUUUUGGGGUCUGUAUUGUAAAGACUGCUGUUGACGAACAUAAAUUUAAAUAAUUAAAUAAAUAUCUUCGCUGUUAAUGCCA